AGAUGUUCACAUGGCCGCUCUCAGUCUUCUCUCUGGUAAAACUAAUCCGAGAAACGUGAUGAAAUUUCAAAAGUCUGUCACAUGUGCACAUGCGUGUCCCUCUUGGUUAGAUAAGAUUGCGUUGCAAAUGUUUUUUAUUCUCAAGUAGUAUUUUAGCAAUAAAAACGUGUCUGUACGUCUCAAAAGAUGAUAGUUACAAAGUGCGCGACGUUGGAACAAAUGAUGCGAAGAAGCGCAUUGUUGACAUUGAAAAUUGCACGAAGACCUACAGCUCUUGGCGCAAGUUGUGUUCAGCCAUGUAGAGGGAAGAAAAGUGACAGUAGUUCUAACACACCGGAGUCUCUGUUUCAUCCCGUACCCAUCAAACCGAGUCCUGAUGACAUAAACGUCGGAGCUGAGUUGACUGGAUCUAUAAUUAAGAAAACAGAUCUUCUGAAAAUAUUGAACGCCUUUUCUAGGAAGGAAGAGAUCAGGGAACUAGCUAAAGAACACGGAUUAGACAGCUCUCUCCAAGGACAGGCAUUUAUGAACUUCAGGGAAUAUUGUUUAAAAACUGAAUCAUUACCUGUGGAUCUUCAUGUGAUAAUGAGCGAUAUUCUUCAAGGUGCUGGAAAUGUCACCGAUAUUUUUCCGUAUUUUAUACGUCACGUCAAGCAGAUAUUUCCGCACAUCGAUUGCUUGGAUGAUUUGAAAAAGAUCAGCGAUCUGCGAAAUCCCGCUACUUGGUAUCCUUUGGCGAGGUCAAAAAAUAGGAAAAUAGUCUUUCACGCUGGACCAACCAACAGUGGAAAGACUCAUCACGCUUUAGAGAGGUUUAUCAAUGCAAGAAGCGGCGUGUAUUGCGCACCCUUGAAACUAUUAGUAGCUGAAGUAUUUCACAAAUGCAAUCAGAGAGGGACUCCGUGUGAUCUUUUAACCGGAGAGGAACGGAAAUUUAUUAAAAAUCCCGACUCUCCCGCAAAUCACUUAUCCUGUUCCGUAGAAAUGGUGAAUCUACAAAACAAUUACGAGGUAGCUGUAAUCGAUGAGAUUCAAUUGAUGCGUGAUCACCACAGAGGCUGGGCGUGGACGAGAGCUCUCUUAGGAAUACCAGCAGAUGAAAUACACCUGUGUGGCGAAGCUGCUGCUAUUGAUUUGGUAAAAUCCAUAUGCGUCACAGCGGGCGAAGAUGUGGAAGUUCGCAGAUAUAAGCGAUUAACAGAUUUGGAGAUAGAAAAUGAGGCGCUCGGUUCUCUCAACAAUGUCAGACCGGGAGAUUGCGUAGUCUGUUUUAACAAAAACGACAUAUACACAGUGUCGCGUUCCCUCGAAAGUAGAGGAAAAGAAGUGGCUGUAAUAUACGGCAGCUUACCACCAGGUACCAAAUUGGCACAGGCCGCAAAAUUUAAUGAUCCAAACAAUUCUUGCAAAGUUAUGGUGGCGACUAACGCUAUUGGAAUGGGUUUAAAUUUACACAUACGGAGAAUCAUAUUUUACUCGUUGAUUCAGCCGACAAUUAAUGAAAAAGGCGAAAAAGAAAUGGAUGUUAUGUCUGUGUCAUCAGCUCUGCAAAUAGCUGGUCGUGCUGGACGUUACGGCACAUCUUGGGAAACGGGUUAUGUAACGACGUACAAACGAGAGGAUCUGUCAACUUUGAAGAAUUUAUUGAGCCAAAUGCCGGAAACAAUAACACAAGCUGGCCUUCAUCCAACAGCGGAUCAAAUUGAAUUGUACGCUUAUCACUUGCCAAAUUCAACAUUGUCAAAUCUUAUGGAUAUUUUCGUAUCACUGUGUACAGUCGAUGAUUCGCUGUACUUUAUGUGCAACUUGGAUGACUUCAAGUUCUUAGCUGAUAUGAUACAGCACGUCAAAUUGCCCUUACGUGCGAGAUACGUAUUUUGUUGCGCACCGAUCAACAGAAAAUUGCCGUAUGUGUGCACCAUGUUCUUGAAGUUUGCACGUCAAUACAGUAAAAACGAUGCAAUAACGUUCAACUGGUUGUGCCAACAUAUUGGAUGGCCGUUUACGCAACCAAAGACUCUUCUCGAUCUCGUUCAUUUGGAGAGCGUAUUCGACGUUUUAGAUCUUUAUCUAUGGCUGAGUUACCGUUUUAUGGAUCUGUUUCCGGAUGCUGAGAUGGUGCGUGACGUGCAGAAAGAACUCGAUGCGCUUAUAGAAGAAGGAAUAGUUAGAUUAACAGUGUUGUUGUCAAACUCCGGCGGAGACGGGGAAAGCGAUAACUUUGAAUUGCAAACACAGAAGCACAACUUUUACAAAGGUCAAGAUUUUGGUAGACGAAAUAUAGGCAAGGGCAAAUUGACUGAGAGAUUAAUAUCCGACGGAAUUCUAACUCCACAAAUGUUACGUGAAUUGCAAUCCGAAUGGAUCAAGACAAUAAAAAAGAAGAAAUAAUAAUAUGUACACAACUUUGUAAGAAAUGGAGUCGAUAACUUAAUUACAAGUAUUUAAUAACAAUGCACGUAUAUUUGUACAUAUACAUAUAUAUGUAUAAUAUAUAAAAUGCUGUGUAACAAAUUUCUUUUACAAAAAUCCUUUCACCACUAUAACAUUAGUUACUAUAGUAUAUCUAUUAAUUAUAGUAAUAAUUGCAGCAUUUUUUUUUCAAGGAAUGCCAAAGAGAUUAAUGAAGCGCGUAUCGUGUAGUAUCUCGUGACUAUCACUCGUGGUCAA